GAAUAUUUUCAAUUUCAGAUCAUAAAUAUGUUUCAAUUGGUCUUAAUAACGCUGAUCCCUAUAAUUUCAAAAUUAUCGAGUUUGAAACUGAAAAGGAGGUAUAUUUAACUUUUCCGGAUUGGCAGAAGGAAAUUAACUUCUUAUCCUUUAUCAAUAACGGAAAUAUUAUAAUGGUCAAUACUGAGUAUUACAGGGCGUAUAUUUUUACAAAUAAAGGAAAAGAUAAUAUUAGCUGGGUUUGUAAAUCAAUGAUUGAGCUGAAAUAUUUUAAAAAAAUUUACAUUACUCUUAAAGGCAAAUUGAUCAUAUUUAAUGAUAUAAUUUAUGAGAUUACGAUGUGGAACAUUGAAGAAUUAUCGGUUAAAACCCGUAUAUUAAUAGAUUGGGAUCAGGCACUUAAAUCUAUUGAAAUUAGUGAUGAUGAAAAAUUAUUAUUG